AUGGCUCACUUUAGGCGUGAUAUUACGUAUAGUGCAUUAAACAACGAAUUAGUUCCACCAUUAGCAGCAUCUGCUGAGAAUACAAAUGCUUCAUCAACUGUGAUAUCGUUGGAUCAUGAGCACGACGAUGCUACGAAUGUUAUAAUACAUAAAGUACCACAGACAAAGGGGGGAUGGACACACAUACAAGACUUAGAUUCAUUCUUUACAAGAAUGUACAGAUAUUAUGUCAGAGGUGGAUUUUAUCCAAUGAUUAUGUCGGAUAUAUUCUAUUUGUUACAAUUUAUAUUUAUUGUUUGGUUUUCUACAUUUCUGGUGCACUGUGUUGAUUACCAGAAACUAUUUAGAAACGAUCCUACUAUAAGUAGAAGUGAUAAACUUAGCUUAAGCGAUGUUAUUUUAUCAACAUCAGAAUGUCGCGCCUGUAUAUCUUGGCAAUGGUGGUGUUUAAUUGUUUUGUGUUCAGUUAUUUGGAUUAUGAGGUUGAUUAUAUCAAUUUAUCAUUUAUACUAUGCUUAUGAUACAAAACUAUUUUACAACAAUGCUCUGAGGAUAAAAGAGAGUGACUUGGCUUGGAUAAAUUGGACAACAAUACAGGAUAGAGUGAGAGAGGCUCAGCCAGAACAUCACAUGUGUGUUCAGAAGCAAGAUAUUAACGAACUAGACAUUUAUCACAGAAUACUCAGGUUUAAUAAUUAUAUGGUGGCAAUGGUUAAUAAGAAUUUGCUGCCUUUACAAGUACAUGUGCCUUGUGUUGGAGAUUUUCAUUAUUUAUCAAGAGGAUUGAAGUGGAAUCUGGAGUUUCUCCUAUUUUCUAGUCCAUGGAGCCCUUGGGAGAACUGCUGGCAGCUUCGUUCAAACUACAAAGAUCCCACAAAGCGAAUGAUACUCGCGAGACAACUGGAAAGACAGAUAUUAUUACUGGCAUUGGUUAAUCUUGUGCUAGCACCGCUUAUACAGGCCUGGCAGAUAUUGUAUUUCUUCUUUAAUUACGCCGAGUUAAUAAAGAGGUCGCCCGGUUCACUUGGUCUUCGGACCUGGUCUCUCUACGCUCGCAUAACACUCCGGCACUUCAAUGAGCUGGAACACGAAUUAAGAGAUCGCCUGAAUCGUGCGCAUAAACCAGCGACAAAAUAUCUGUCUAGUUUUAGUUCGCCCAUCACGACUGUAAUCGCUAAGAACAUAGUGUUUCUAUCAGCCAGUGUCCUGGGGGUGCUGGUAGCUCUCUCCGUUUACGAUGAGGACGUACUGACUGUGGAACACAUCUUGACCAUUAUAACAAUACUUGGCUGUGUUCUUGCUGGUGCAAGAGCGCUGAUAGGUGAUGAGGAACACUUAGGUGGUGGAUGUACUGGUCCGGCGCGAGGUGAAGAACUAUUUGUUCAAGUGCUUGGGCACGUUCACUAUCUGCCGGCCGCAUGGCGAGGUCGGGCCCAUACUAAAGAUGUCGCUGCUCAUUUCCAACAAUUGUUCCAGUUUCGAGCGGUUUACAUAUUAUUUGAGCUUCUAAGCCCUUUGCUCUGUCCACUGGUGUUGUUAUCGCUGCGCACGCGGGCUCUGGACAUCGUGGACUUCUAUAGGAACUUCACCGUUAGUGUCCUCGGUAUUGGAGACGUUUGUUCCUUCGCUCAGUUGGAUAUAAGGCGGCAUGGGCAUCCGGACUGGCAGACGCAGCUGAAGUAUGAUAAAUCGAAAGGUGGAAACACUCAGUACAAUCAGGGCGAAGGCGGUAAGACAGAAUUGUCUUUGGUCGCGUUCUCAUGUCGACAUCCGGGCUGGCACCCAACGGAACCUGCGCAGAGGCAAUUCCUUAGAUCACUCCGCCAGAGUAUGCAUCAUGCUCUGCCAACGAAUAAUGGCUUGAAUAAAACGAUGCUGGGUUCAUAUAUACAGCAAAGUAUAUUUGGCGUGAAUACUCCGUUACCAGCAGUGCUGUCCUACUAUCAGCAACAUAAAACCCAAUAUAGAUUACCGGAUAUGGACGAAACAAGCGAUGAAGAGGAAGGUCCAAGUCAGUCCGCAAAGGGUUCGGUUGGUCUCGCAGGCGCCAGCAGUGCCCUGGGAGCCAGUGCCCUUGGCCUUGACCCAUCAGCCCAGUUACCUCCUGAUGAAGCGCGCGACAUGUCAGUGAGCACGCUACACCUGUACGACUUGCACCUCUCCCAGGGUGGAGGGAAUGUAUCAUGUUGUACGAACAAUUGUAGCGAGCGGCGGACGAGGUGGGCAAGCGGCGAGGAGACUCCCCUCCUACGUCCAUAA